GAGAGAUAUUGAUCAUAUCUCAUAUUUCGGCUGGGCAUUGUUGUAUGUAGGAUAUAUUGCUCAAUUUUGUCCUGUUAACUGAAACAUUAUACAUUUUCUCCAGUGGUAUUUGCAAGGUAACAGUUAGCGCAGAAUGGUUCGUACAAAGCAAACCGCAAGAAAAUCAUUGCCAGCCAGGGGAAAGUUAAUGAAACUUCGUACAAAGCGAGAACGAAUUAGUGGAGCUAAACAUAAAGUUCGCGGCGAUACUGCUGGCGAAAGCACUUCAUUCAUCAAGAAACGACGUUACAAGCCAGGUAUGCGUGCUUUGCAAGAGAUACGGCGACUGCAAAGAACAGUUAAUUUACUCAUUCCACGUGCACCAUUCCAACGUUUAGUACGUGAAAUUGCAAUGAAUGUAUCAGAGAAAAACGUCGAUUUACGUUUUCAGUCUCUUGCAAUAUCGGCUCUGCAGGAGGCUGCGGAGGUAUAUUUGACCUGCUUGUUCGAAGAUACUAAUUUGGCUGCUAUUCAUGCGAAACGUAUCACUAUUUUCCCCAAAGACAUUCAGUUCGUACGCCGUCUUCGUGGCGAAUUUGCUCGAUUUGGGCGUUGAUUAUGAUUUUAUUUUGCUUUUUUCCAUUCAUAUUUCUGAGAAACGACUUCUUCGAAGUUUUAGUUACUAGUAAUGUUAUCUAGAUAUGUAAGUUAGCUGCAUAUCUUUUCAUUUAAUUAUUUUGUUUCUUAAAAGUCUCGAAUUUUCACCAUUUUUCAAAUUAAAGAUUAUCCUUGUUAUUUAACACCUUCUAUUAAAAGAUAAUAAACGCUGCAACGGUGCUCAGAGUUUUUAAUUUAAAUCACAAAGUUGAUGUUACAACCUUCCUCCUCUUAGCAUUGCGGGAAGAAUUUAUUCUUUAUCAUAGUACAGUACUGUCAUUCCCGUAUGAGGCUUGAUGAGCUUGCAAUAGAGUACAAGUUUUCAAAUAGACGUGAGUUUAUUAUCUGUUGCUCAAAACAUUAUCAAAACUAGCAUUAAUUAUGUCAAGAAUGUACUAUUUACAAUUAAAGGAUGUAUGAAAAUGGUAAUUGCGCAAAAGUGGUGGCGAUUAAGUGGCGACAUGGGAAAUAACAGAAUGAACAGUUUGCAUGUGAAUGAAGUGCAAUGCCACCGAUACUUUCCAAAAACUGGCAAAUGAAUAUGAAUUUGUAGAAGACAAAAGUCGAACUGACCAGCAUAACCCUACCACCGUUAUUAAGUCGACUAAGUGGACGACAGUUAAAGCAGUCGUGUUAUCCGUCAUCGUAUUAGAUCAGCCGUUUUCUUCACUCCCAAGGGAAUUUUCAUGUGAUACCUUUGAGUUCCACAGGAAUUUGCUAAGGACAAUUUCUAAAACUGUACCGUUUGAUAAACAGAAAUAGUUCAAUUUACUAUCUUCAGUAUAUACCACAAUGUUGAUCCAAUAUAUUGGAAUAGUG